AUGUCGCAGUCGGAAAGCACAGAUCCCGUCGUCUCAAAGAGAGCCCAAAAUGCCACCGAGGCAGCAGCGAACAACCCCAUAUGGGAUGUGUUGAGCGAUGUGUGGUGCCCGUCCAUGAACCCAACGGGCUACGUCAACGUCGGGAUAGCAGAGAACACGCUGAUGCACGACACGCUCCUCAGCUUCCUGAACAAGAAACUCGAGUUACCAUCCAAGUACCUCACCUACAACGACGGAGGCGGCGGCUCUACGCGACUGAGACAAGCCAUGUCCCGGUUCCUCAACCGGCACCUCCACCCAGCCAUCCCGCUCGACGCCAGCCAUCUCAUUGUCACCAACGGCGUUUCGUCUGCUAUCGAGCAUGUCUCCUGGGCUUUCGCCGAUCCGGGGGACGGCAUUUUGCUCGGGAAGCCGUUCUAUGGCACUUUUAUCCCGGAUAUGUCCCUUCGGCCUGGCUCGAAAGUAGUGGAGGUUGAUUUCGGUGACUGCGAUCCGUUCAGCAGGGAGGCUGUGUACAAGUAUGAGCAGGCGCUGCUGGACUUUCAGCUGAAGAGCGAGAGGAAGGUUAGGGCGCUUAUGCUCUGCCACCCGCACAACCCUCUUGGGCGCUGCUACCCGCGUGAGGUGGUUGUUGAGCUAAUGCGGUUCUGUGAGAAGUACAGGAUACACUUUAUCAGUGAUGAGAUAUAUGCGCUGUCUGUCUGGGAGAAUACGGUGGAUCAGGAUCCUCCACCAGUCCGGUUUGAGUCUGCGUUAUCCAUUGAUCUGGCGGGCAUUAUUGACCCCCGACUCGUGCAUGUGCUCUGGGGGCUGAGCAAAGACUUUGGUGCGAAUGGGAUGCGGCUCGGAACCAUCAUCUCCCAGGCAAACGGUCAUCUCCACGAGGCACUGAAGUUUAUCUCAAUAUAUUCCUACGCGUCUGGAAUAUCUGACCACUUAGCCACUUUACUGUUGGAGGACGACAACUUUACAGAUCGGUAUAUCCGGCAAAAUCAGAAGAAAUUAGCAGAGUGCUACGCAUACACGGUGCAGUAUCUCCGAGCGCACAGUAUCGAAUACGCACCAGGGUGCAACGCAGCCUUUUUUCUGUGGGUGAAUUUAGGAAAGAGAUACCGCGACUUGCAUCCCGACGGGGAGGUUGACGACCUUGUUAUGCAGUCUCUGCUGCAGAAGAAGGUCUUUCUAGCGAGUGGGACGCUUUUUGGGUCGGAGCGCCCCGGAUGGUUUCGCGUUGUGUUUUCUCAGCCGCAAGAGUACCUGGGUGAGGCUCUGAAGAGGAUGGUAGAAGCCUUGGAAUAG